GCCGAGGUCCGACCCGCUGUGUAUAAUACGCGCCAGAGCCGGAUAAACAUGUUACCUUGAGUGCCUGACGGUAGAUCACCCACCGCUCACGAUGGCCUACGAUUAUGCCCUGGUCCACCUCAAAUUCACCAUCCCCUUGGCCACGGCGCUCACUAUUAUAUCCCACCCUUUUCUCACCCAGCGGCAAUGGUACCAGACUUUUAUCCUUGUCCUCAUCGCCGUCACGGCUACCAUCCCCUGGGAUAGCUAUCUAAUCCGGCACAAUGUCUGGACAUACCCGCCGGAUGCUGUCAUCGGGCCGACGUUACUGUCCAUUCCGGCCGAGGAACUGUUCUUCUUCGUCGUUCAGACGUACAUGACGUCUCUACUGUACCAUAUGCUGAACAAGCCUUUGCUUCACGCCGAGUACCUCGUUUCCAAGUCGCCAAUUCCGAGUGUCAUGCAUAGGGCGGUCCAGGUAGCAAUGUCAAGUCUCACGCUGCUGGGAAUUUGGCUGCUAUCUAAGGGUGGGAUAGGCACGUAUCUGGGCCUGAUUUUGAUAUGGGCUUGUCCCUUCGCCUUCUUGACAUGGACGCUGGGCGGACUGUUCAUGGCAUCUCUCCCCUGGACCAGUAUAGCACUACCGAUUGCCCUGCCAACCCUAUACCUCUGGGUCGUGGACGAGCUCGCCCUCCGCAGAGGGACAUGGGCUAUUGAGUCUGGGACGAAGCUUGGCAUGACAGUCUGGGGUAGCCUGGAGGUGGAGGAGGCGAUCUUCUUUGCCGCGACUAACGUCCUCAUCGUCUUUGGGUUGGGUGCAUUUGACAACGCCCUGGCGGUCAUCGACGCCUUGCCCAAUGUGUACGAAUAUGCACCGGCCUGCCCCACCCCUACCAUGCUCAUUAGUGCACUGUUUGUUUCUUGGACUCCGGAACGGAAAGAACGCAUAGCUGGGAUCCAGGAGGCGGUGGAGAGGCUGUGUCGGAAGAGUAGGAGCUUCUACCUGGCGAGCUCAACCUUUUCUGGCCGCCUGAGGAUCGACUUGAUAUUAUUAUACUCAUACUGUCGCAUGGCGGAUGAUCUGGUUGAUGAGCCGCCCGAGGGUCUGGAAACCUCAGCCUGGAUCAAUAAGCUCAGCGAACACUUGGACCUGGUAUAUAAACCAAAAGAGGGCACAACUCGAUCAAAACAGGCAGAUAUGGUACCAGCAUACAUUGCCGACGAGUUCCCACCCUCAGCACGGUCCGCACUCACGCUACUGCCGGCAUCGCUGAUGCCCUCUGAGCCUUUUUAUCUACUGCUCGAGGGCUUCAGGACCGAUUCGAACUUUCAACUCACGAAGAGCCGCAAUCGCUUCCCAAUAGUGACUGAGAAUGACAUUCACGAGUAUGGGCGCCAGGUAGCCGGGACAGUAGGAGAACUUUGUCUCGCCCUCAUCUCGCACCACAGCCGUGAACCGAUCGACCCAGUGCGCCUCGAGGCCGUUGCCACCGCCGCCCGACGGAUGGGCGUCGCUCUCCAGUUCGUUAACAUCGCUAGAGACAUUGCGGUUGACGCUGCGUUAGGAAGGGUUUAUCUGCCAACGGUCUGGCUGGCGGAAGAAGAUUUGACACCGGCAAUAGUCAUCGAGACCAUCACGACAUGUACCACGGCGGAAGGCGACCCAAGGGGCAAAGAAAGGAGCAGAAGAUUCCAGAGUCUAGAUAAUAUGCGGAGAAGGUUGCUGGGGAGGGCCUUCGCGAUAUAUGCCGAGUCAAAGCCGGCGAUGGAGUGGUUGCCCGAUGAGUCGAGAAGGCCAAUGAUGGUCGCAGUCGAGAGUUACAUGGAGAUUGGGAGGGUCCUGCUUGAAAAGGUCGGCCCGGAAACAUUCGGGGUCGUGAAAGGCCGGCCCACGCGUGCGACGGUACCGAAGCUAAGGAGGUUGACGGUAGCGUUGAGAGCGCUGGUUGACGCGUAAGCGAUGAUUUCAUUAACCAGUCUGCAUUGGGC